GGGUCCAGCUUGCUAAGUACAACUACAACCACGCACAACACUCCCAUUUCUUAUCAUGGCACCCGGGCAGACCUUUCCCCGGUUUAAAACUCUCCCCGUAAAUAUCCAACAGGAAAUUUGGAGACAAUGCAUGAAAGUCGUUAUAGCAGGCCCGUCAAUGCUGAUGCUGGAUUUGGUUCGACAAAACUUGUGCCUGGAUGACGAACGUCGUUUGGUCGCUGAAGCUUCCCAAAAGGCGAUAGAGGCUAAAGGUCCGGACUGGGAGUCCCUACCGGAUGAGGCGAAGGACCUGGUGGUAAAGGAAGCAGAACUGGUCGCAGCUCGCAAUCACCGUGCAUCCCUGGUUGGGGUUACCUUGCCCAAGGAGAGAGCCGCAUCCCAAUUUUCGGCCUACUGGCAACUCGGUGAAAUUGCUUCGGUCUGUCUGGAGGCUCGUCAGAGCCUGGAACGUUUCCAUACAGGAGGCGUGGCCGACAUAAUUGCGAUGUGGGAUCCCAGAAAAACCGUCGUGUGUCUUCGGACUUUUACCGACCACGGGUCGCCCUGGUCACGUCCGCAAAUACGCCCAGCGGCGGGCGAGCCAUUCUUUACGGCCGACAAAGAGUCGAAGCGGCAAGUGGCCUACGUCACCAUUGACAAUGAGUCUGGCUGGUACGCGCACUCCAGAGUGAAGAUAGCAAUGGACCCGGCCCGGUGCGCCCCGCUGGGGGAUUCCUGCCCGGAGCUCGCAGCUAUGGAAAGAGUCGCGUUUUUCUAUGCGGUGGCGACUCUCCGUGGUAAUAAGUCUUACAGGACUUGGGCCGGCCUCGAAGACCUGUGGCCCUUUAACUUUCCGAACCUGAAGGAGCUUUACAUGAUUGAUGAGUCAAUAUCACUCCAAGUCGGGUUCCCAAGCCCUCCAGAGUCGACAUUAAAGAUUGAGGGGUAUGACGCUACUUUCUAUGAGGUUACUGAGGAGGACGGGGAUACUUGGAGCCCGUCUCCUGGUGUGUUCGCUCAAGUUGAGUACAUAAAAGAGGGAUUCGAGGAGUGGGCCAGGCCUGGAGAUACUCUCCCUGCUGUCAAGGUCCUCGCUUGUAUUCCGCAUUCCAAACAAUAG